AUGUCAACUGAAAAUUCAGCCAAGAAACCUGUUCUUGCACUUCCUUCCACUGCAGACGAAACCGUCUCAUUUGAUAUUAAUGAUACACACAAACUUACAGAAUUAGGACCUGUUGUUAUUAAUGAAAACGGUACCAUGAGUCGAAUCAACAAUUGGUUCGAAAUGAACGAUAUCGAAAGAGCCAAUGUG